GCGGCGCGGCGGGGCGGGCGGGGCGCGCGGCCAUGGCGGAGAAGUUCGACCACCUGGAGGAGCACCUGGAGAAGUUCGUGGAGAACAUCCGGCAGCUCGGCAUCAUCGUCAGCGACUUCCAGCCCAGCAGCCAGGCCGGCCUCAACCAGAAGCUGAACUUCAUCGUGACCGGCUUACAGGAUAUUGAUAAGUGCAGGCAGCAGCUUCACGACAUCACUGUGCCUUUGGAAGUGUUCGAGUACAUAGACCAAGGCCGGAACCCGCUGCUCUACACCAAGGAGUGCCUGGAGCGCGCGCUCGCCAAGAACGAGCAGGUGAAGGGCAAGAUCGACACCAUGAAGAAAUUCAAAAGUCUCUUGAUUCAAGAACUUUCCAAAGUCUUUCCAGAAGACAUGGCGAAGUACCGGAGCAUCCGAGGGGAGGAGCACCCCCCUUUCUAGGCGCAGGGCCCUCCUGUCCUGUGGCGUCGCCCCGAGCUGGGGCAGCCCAGGCUGCGCUGACACUGAAGCCGCCGCCCGGCCCGCCCUCGGCCGCCAGUCCUGGUCCAGCGCCUUGGGGACGGCAGGGGUGGGGGGCUCGCGGGCUGUGCAGCCCUCCGUCCCUGAAGCUCGUCCGUCUGUCCGCCCCACCUUUCGGGGGCUGGUCGUCCCACAGCUGUGAGCGCGAUGGUUUGAUCGUUCUACCACGAGUUGGUCUUAGAAAUACUGAAUGUGAUAAACUUCCUCCUGAUAGUUUUCUUUGUUCCAUUUUAUUGUCAAAGCGAAAAUAAAGAAAAAUCUAAAAUGAAAGAAAAACUGACUUAACACGGGAAGUACUUGAAAUUGGUU